AUGUCACAAAAGAUCACUACCAAAGAACAAGCAAAAGCCGUAAUUGACAAUUAUGACUAUUUUAUAUUCGAUUGCGAUGGUGUUCUUUGGUUAGGAGAUCAUUUAUUACCACAUGUCUGUGAGACCUUAGAUCUCUUAAAAGAAGCCAACAAGACAGUUUUAUUUGUUACCAACAAUUCUACCAAAUCUAGAAACGCCUACUUGAGUAAAUUUGAUAAACUUGGUGUUCAGGGAAUUACUAAAAGUGAAGUGUUUGGGUCAUCAUAUGCCUCUGCGGUUUACAUUGAUAAGAUUUUAAAAUUGCCAAAAGACAAAAAGAUCUGGGUUUUGGGUGAAGAAGGUAUUGAACGUGAAUUACACGAACUAGGCUACACGACAAUCGGAGGUACUGAUCCAACAUUGGUAGAGCAUGGAGUGCAUUUCGACCACGAUCACCCAUUGUUAACUGAACUUGAUGAUAACGUAGGUGCAGUGGUUACCGGAUUAACAUUUAACUUAAACUACUUGAAGCUUUCUAUAACCAUGCAAUACUUGUUGAAAGACAACAAAUCCAUUCCUUUUAUAGCCACAAACAUUGACUCUACGUUCCCAAUGAAGGGCAAAUUAUUAAUUGGGGCUGGAUCAAUUAUAGAAACAGUAGCCUAUGCCAGUGGCAGACAACCAGACGCUAUCUGUGGUAAGCCAAACCAAUCAAUGAUGAAUUCCAUCAAAGCCGAUAACCCAGGUUUGUCUUCUAAGCCAUCGAGAGGUCUAAUGAUCGGUGACAGAUUGAAUACAGACAUGAAAUUUGGAAGAGAUGGGGGGCUUGACACUUUACUUGUCUUAACUGGCAUUGAAACUGAGCAAGGUGUAUUAUCACAAGAUGCAUCUACUGCUCCUACAUACUAUGCUGAUAAGUUGGGUGACUUGUACGAACUAUUUAAAUAG